AUGAUAGCCAGCAGUGAGUUCUGGGAGAAGGAGAAGGAGGCGCCGCUGCUGAACCGCAACGCUAACUUCUUCAGACCCGAGUCUGCUGAUGAGUUGCUGCAGCGAGCUCAGCGGCUGCUGCAGCUGCUAGACAAAAAACACGGAAAAGAUACAAUAGAACAAAUCUCUCUCAAACCCAAUUGCGAUGAUGAAGCAGCUAAACGUAUAUUUAAGCUCGAUGCCGAAAGAACCUUCAAGUCUGAAGAAUGCAGACAACAGCUCGUUGAGGUGUUGUCUUCUCUAUGGCCCGAGUUAUUAGAUUAUCAUCAGGGUUUGGGUUUUGUGGUUUCUUUUUUGUUGCUGGUGUUGCCUGCAUCUGACGUGCUGCGUCUGUGUGUGGGUCUUCACCGGCUGUAUCUACAGGGGUAUUUCAAAGCAGCUCCUGUAGCAUAUGUACGAGAUGCUCGUGUUAUGCAGAAACUAUUAGAUCAGCGACAACCUGAGCUGGGCUCACACCUGAAGGAGUUGGCUUGUGCUGAGGCGUAUGCAAGCAAGUGGUUUGUUGGGUUGAAUGUACAUGUAUUAACUUUUGAAGCUUUGUUUGACUUUAUGGAGGCUUUAAUUGAAACAGGAGAUGUAUUUCUUUUUCAGUUUGCUCUUUCUCUCGUAGACAACUGCAAAGAUGAACUGCUGAAAGCUGCGAAUGCAGCAGAAGUAUUAGAGAUACUCAGACUUGAUGCUGUGAGAUAUACAAAUAAACACAAAGCACACAACCACGAAAAAGAAGGAUCUUUCUUCGUUAAAAUCGUUAAAGAUGCAAGAGAAGUACAAAUCGAUGAAGAACAUAUUAAAAAACUGAGGGAGGAGGCUCUGGAAGACCUCCGGCUGGAGGAAGAGAGGAGAAAACAAAGAGACAAAGAGGUACGUUACACUCCAAAUAUAUUUAACUAA